UCAAGUGAGAGAGGCAUAGCGUCUCACAAGAACGAGCGCCACCCCUGCCAGGUCCUGUCGUGCUGAUGAUGUUCAAGCUUGAGAUCUGCCCCACUAAAUCCUCCUGUCGUGCAGCAGGGCUCAUGCGAACACUCAGGCGCACAGGCUUCCUCUCAGUUACACGAAACCGAACCUUUACUAACCCCUCAGCAUUGUCGGCGCUCUUAGGGAUGAUGGCUCUCAGAUAGAGCGCUGCAUUGGCCGAGCGCUCACCCCAGUGUUACAGCGCAUGCUGAAGGCGCGCGGGUACCAGGCUGGUUGCGACGAGGUUGCCUCUCACUGCACGACAUGGGCGAUCGCGUAACAUUAGCGCAAAAGCUUGUCGACAGUUAUCGUACAAAGGCCAUCGAACUUUUGGUGGAUUAUCUCCAGAACAAGGAUAUUCGCACAGACGCCGAGCAGUACAUAGGGCAACACGACCCUUCCCCAGCAAGGCUCGAUACGGCAUUUGAGCAGCACCAUGGGUUCUUGCCGACACGUUCACAUCAUCGCAACGUCUCUCAACCACCAGGAGCGGCCCGCCAGAACAUUUCGAAUGCCAGGCACAGCUUGAACACUCCACCCACCAGCGCAGGUUCAGUCAAGUCGCAUGCUUCGAGCAUGGCUGCUGCAGGCGUAGAAAAGAUAUUAUUUCUAUCAGGCGACGACGAAGGCACAGAUGUGCCAGUAUUAUCCAGACGCGCGCCAGGGAAAUACAAUCUGAUCAAAGACCAAGUCGCACACGGUCGCGGCCUAGUUACUGGUAGAUUUGGGGUGGAUGAGUUGGUACCUGUACAUCAUCCAUCCGUUGGCCACACAUGGGAAAAUGUGAGGUUUGCUGUCAACCUCACUUGGCGUCGUCGCAAUGAGUAUUCAACAAAUGUGGACACAUUCCACAUCGUACCAGCGAGGUCGCUCGACUGCGACGUGGUCCUGGGAUCUGAUGCAUCCAUGGAACGCCAAUUGCCCUCAGGUUAGUCUACUGCAAUCUGCAGGAACUGCGUUUAACACGCUGACCCGUCUGUGAUGACGAAAGACGUUCAAGAUGCACAAUCACCGCAAGCGCGCUAUCCACAAACCUUUGAAAGAGUAGAAGAACUCGACCCAACACCACCACCGCAUGCGCCUACGGCGCCCUCGUAUGCCUAUCAACAAUCCUCUCUACCACCGCCUGCUGUCCAACGGACAUACGAACGCGUACAGGCCAUGCGCGACAAUCAACGUAUGCACACGGCUGACCCAUCAGCUUCGGCUACCCACCCGAAGCAUGUGAACCA